GAGUACGACAUAAUUCUAUGAUAUUUCAAUGCAUCGACGCAUCACUAGACCAAGCAGCUGACAUUGACAUUUAGAACUUUGAUUUGACAUUUGAUGAUUUGAAAUGGGGACGUGUCAAAACUCAAAAGUUCGCGACCGAAUUCGAAGUACAUAAAAAUAAUUAUUUAUAAGUUUUAAAUUUAAAUAAUUCAAGAACAAAGUAUUACUCAAAACGAUUAGCGAAUCGUGUUAUUCACCUAAGAAAAUUAUUUUUCAACGUAUCCACAUGUGUAUUACAUUGAAUAAUAAGUAUUCCUAUCGAACUUUGUUUCGCUGCUUAAAAACAAACUUUUUUGUACACAAAGACUGCAAAAUGUGUGUGGGUUUGGAGUCAUUAUAGAUAAAGGUUUUAGUGGCUUUUAUGAGAGGGAAGUGGUUAAGUUGUUUGAAAAUGAGUGGGGUGAGCCGAGACGCCCCGGUGGGAGUGCAAUGCUUGCAAAAGAUCAGCUCUUGGAUGUGCCCUCGGCUUCAGUUCAACAGAUUACGAUGCUACCAAGCCCUGGUCCUGGUGCUGACGUACUUCACGUACAUGACGUACCACCUGACGCGCAAGCCCAUCUCGGUGGUGAAGAGCGUGCUGCACCAGAACUGCAGCGCCCUGCCCCAGCCGCCCGACGUCCGGCCUGGCGACGACCAGUGGUGCGACUGGGCGCCCUUCAUGUUGUUGCAGACACGGCGGACGCCAACACGCUGCUGGGCACGCUGGACUCCGCCUUCCUCUUCUCCUACGCCGGCGCCAUGUUUGUUUCUGGCAUGGUGGCGGAGCGGGUGGACCUGAGGUACUUCCUGUCGCUGGGCAUGCUGGUGUCGGCCGUGUUCUGCUACCUGUUCGGGCUGGGCCGCACGCUCGACGUACAUGACAUAUCCUUCUACUUGCUGGUUCAGGCGGGCGCGGGCGUGGCGCAGACGACGGGGUGGCCGGGCACGGUCGCCAUUGUCGGCAAGUGGUUCGGCAACGCCAAGAAGGGCCUCAUCUUCGGGCUCUGGAACUCGCACACCUCGCUGGGGAACAUCCUCGGAACGCUCAUGGCCUCAAAGUAUGUGGAGACGGACUGGGCGUUAUCGUUCAUAUACCCCGCGCUGGUGAUGGGCGCGGUAGGGUUCCUGGUGUUCCUGUUCCUGGCGCCGGAACCCAGGCUCGUGGGCCUCACACCCGACAGGACAUCUCCAAGCAGACAGUCCACGAGAUCUGACACUGAAGAGGAACCGACACAAGUGAUUGUUGGGGAUCAGGCGGCCAGCCUGCGACCCUCGCGCCACUCCGCUAACUCACCGCCGUACCAACAAGAAGACUCGGCAACAGAAGAGACAGCGCUACUGUCUCGCUCGUCUCGCUCGCAAAGUGGUGCCGUCUCGCUCACUCGCGCGCUGGCCAUCCCCGGCGUCAUAGACUUCUCUCUUUCACUCUUUUUUGCUAAGCUGGUCAGCUAUACUUUCUUGUUCUGGCUUCCUCUAUACAUCAACUCGUCAACUCCGCUCACGCCGAAGCAGUCGGGCGAGCUAAGCACCGCGUUCGACGUGGGCGGCGUGGUGGGCGCGGCUCUGGCCGGCUUGCUGGCGGACUACGCGAGCUGCCCCGCGCUCGUGUGCUGCGGGUUCUACGCGCUCUGUGCGCCCACGCUGCUGGCGUACCAGACGUGGGGCGCCAUGUCGUACGCGCUCAACGUGGCGCUGCUGGUGGCGGCGGGCGUGCUGGUCAAUGGGCCCUACGCGCUCAUCACGACCGCCGUCAGCGCGGAACUAGGCACACACAGCAGCCUCGCGGGCGACGCGAAGGCGUUGGCUACCGUCACAGCCAUCAUAGACGGCACGGGGAGCAUAGGCGCGGCGGUGGGGCCCAUGUUGGCCGGCCUGGUCUCCGGCAGAGCGGGCAGUUGGUCCUACGUGUUCUACAUGCUCAUCUCCUGCGACGUCAUGGCGCUAGUGUUAUUGCUCAGGAUGGCAACAUCGGAGGUGUCGCGGGUGCGGCGCGAGCGGCGCCUCGCGUCGCCGCGCCUCGUGCGCAUCGAGUGAACAGACCGACAGUAUUACUGCACGACCUUACUAUACACAUGUAAUGUGAAAACAUCGUGACCAACAGAAUCUUUAUAAAAGUAUCUUGCGUACCGAGCGAAGAGUGCUCUGUCGACGAGAUAAACAAACUGAAACCCGACUACGAUCGUCAUAAUAAACGCUGAAAUAUAGUAAAAUUAUUUUGCUGUUGCUUGGUAUAUUUUAA